CAGUCGAGGAUCACUAUGAGGCAGUCCACGAUGUACAUACUCGCAGUGCUAAUCGCCCUGGAGUGCCUAAAUCUUGCCGGCACGGCGCCCAUCGGUGAGCAUCCGGAUCAUGCCGGUUGCGUACGGAUAACGAUCAUCAAGCGACCCCUGAGCACCACCGCAAGAACGACAACAACCACAACAACCACAACCACUACGACCACAACAACCAGAGCCACGACCAUGGCCACCGGCUAAAAAAUAAGCAGAUGGCAGAAAAAAAUAAUAAUAAUACUUAUCCAGUGAUGAAUACUUAACUAGUGAUGAUGAUAACCUCCGGUUAAAUUCUAUGGCUUGCCGUUAUCAAGACAAAUUCCCAAAUUGACUGCCUUUAUUAUUUGAUAUUUACAAAAUUAUGAACAGGAAACACAAGAAAUAACAGCUUCAGUUCCAUUAAAUGGUAAAUUUAAAAUCCGCGCAAAUACUUAACCACCGGUUAAA